AUGAAUUCUUCAUCUGCUUCUUCAUCUCGCACAAGGUCGAAGACAAUCACUGCAGGUGGAAGUGCUAGAUGUCAAUGUGGUCUUCCUCUGAUCAUUUACACUGCUGGUACUCGACAUAACUCGGAUAGGAGAUUUCUCAGAUGCAGAAAUUGGCAACUUCCACAUAAUUGUGGUUUCUUUUUUUGGAUUGAUGAUCCAUAUGAGGGAAGAGAUGCAGUUCAGGGAAGAGAUGCAGUUGAAGGUCAUGCAAUGAGUUAUAAUUCUGAGAUUGGGAAUUCAAACUCUGUUAAUGUUAAUGUUGUUUCUGAUUUGAACAAAAAGAUUAAGAAGCUCAAGAUGAAGCUUGAAGUUGAAAGAUUCCAGAAGAAGCUCUCAUGUUUCUUUACUCUGGUUGCUGUGACAGUAUCAAUAUGGUGUUUCUGUAUGAGAAAGGGUUGA